CCCUGCCGUCCUUGCCUGCCCUGCCGUGUGCUACUGACGGCUGCCUGGCGGGCGGGCAGCUCAUAUGGGUUCUCAGGUCACAUGUCGUCCCAGAGACCCUCACGAAUUUCCUCAAAGGCCUCGUAAGGCUCUAGCGCGGGGAGAGGAGGGGCGACCGGGGGGCCGGCGGACUGACACACACACAGACAGACACACACAGACAGACAGACAGACAGACAGACAUACAGGCAGGCAGGCACAGACAGACGAGGGGUGCAGGCGACAGGUGCAGAAGAGGCCGAGUGAAGGUAGGUCGCUUACGUAGAAUGUCGACACGCCAAACGCAGUGGCCUCGCUCUUGAGCCUCUCCCGCUGGCCCGCUAAAUCGCCAGUCAGACCGCUCAGAUGCGACUGGCCAACACACCACAACACACACCAGACCACACUACAUGACGUCACACGGCCCAUCGUGAAGUAAGCACGCACCUCUGGUUCCCAUCCGUUGUCCUCCUCGUUGUGUCCUGCCCAGCUGACGAGGAAUACGAACUGCUCGCCUGCGUCAGGGUUGCCGGCGAAGUAUGGGUCGUCGUCGGACUGCCGCCGGCGGCACUGCAGCAACGCCUCUACUAUGUAAUACUGCACCUCGGGACCAUUGAUCUAACACACACAGAGACAGAGAGGGAGGGAGGGAGGGAGGGGGGAAGGGGCACACAGACACGGGUAUGCGAUGGGCAGGGAGCCGUCAGUGUGUCUUGGCAUGUGUGUGAGGGGGUGGGGUGGAGUAGGUUUGGGCGUGUGUACGUAUAGGAUGGACUCUCCAUCUGGAGACUCGUCGGCCUCCCUCUUGAGAAUGUUCAACUGCUCAUCCAUCCAUCCAUCCAUCCACAGCACACACCAAUCGUGGUCAUGAGAGUCUUGUGUACGUGUGUGAUUGGUCCUCUCUGUCAGCAGAUGCAUCCACACACACAGACCUGCUCGCGAAGGUCGCCAAACAGAGUCUCUAAGUGCUCCUGAUGGAUGGAUGGAUGAAUGGAGGCAUUUGUGUCACUCAUUGUGUUGCUCACCUCCGGCUCCCACGUGGCUUCUGCGAUGUCAUAGCCCGACCACUUGACAUAGAAGCUGUACACAUCACUCGCCAAACCCUGUACUCAACACACACACACACACACGAGCCACACACACACACACACACACACAGACAGACAUGCACAGAAGACAUAAAGCGACUCAUGGAAAGAGCUCAGCCAGCCGCUCGUUCUUGGCCGCUGCUCACCGCGAAGCCAGAGGCCGAGUAUUUGACGCAUUUCAUGAGGUGCUCGACAACAUAGAGGUUGGACGGGUGGGCGGCCUCCUCAGACACAUCUUCCACGUUGACCUCGUAGCUGGGCUGGUCACCGUCGGCAUCAGGAUGCUCUGAAUCGGGCUGAACGGCGACAGGAACGGGGGGAAUGAAGGAGAAUGUUGGCAGACCGCCAUGAUUCGGGCUUACCAUCCUUCGCCGAGUGCGCUGGCAUCAAAUGGCGUUGAGGGUUUCGGAAUCCUGCCCCCUCCUACCUCUUUCUCCC